GUUGGCAUCGCUGUCACGGUAAAAAACUAAUCAAAACGUUUGUCAACAACAAUGUCGUGCCAUGGCUGUGCUCGUAGCUUUGGGUUUUUAACAAAAGAAUAUGGCUGUGAAAAAUGCGGAUUUUCGUUCUGCUCGAAAUGUCUUGUCAAGAAAAUUUGUAAGAGCUGCUUUGUCAAACAGUCAGCUGUACCACCACCCGUUGUUUCGCAAGAGAAAAAUGGGAAAGUUGAUAUUCCCCACCAAAAUCAAGUUACCCAAAUUCCUCCUGUUGUCUUGGAACAGAAGUUGGAAAAACUGGAGAACCCCAACAAAAGUCCAAUUGUAGUUUACACUGAAGACAGCCGAAUGACCAACCUGAAAAAAGGGUUAUCUUUUGAAGAUCAACAGCUUGUCAAUCGUCUAUCCAAGCUCAAGAGUGAGAUUCGGGAGAUGAAGGGAGACAUCCCCAGCCAGUCUGAGAUUGAAGAACGCUUAGCUAAACUGAAGGGCAUUGAUCCUGAAGUUUACCGGAAACCAGCAGCCAUUUAUGUCAAACCAAAAACAAACAAUGUCGAUGAUGCAACAGAUCUUAUCAACCAGAUCAGAGAAGAAGUUGCAAUUGACAGGCAAUCAGACCUUCCCUCUGUGACUCCAGCCCAUCAAUCAGAAGAGCAGACAGAUGAUGUUGAGAUAUUGUUACAAAAUGAAGCCCAGGCAAUACAGGCUGAUGCUCAAUUGGCUUUGGAAGGCCUGAAGAAAGAUAGAGAAAUCCAAGAAAGAUUGAACAAACUCCGAGUCGAUAGAACAAACUCCGAGUCGAUAGGGGAACUAGAAAACCAGAAGCUAAGGAAGACAAAUCGAGUGACGAAGACUCUGAAGACGAAGACAAACAAGCGGCCAGGAUUAUCAAUCGAGUCUUGGAUGAAGACCGUUUGGAAUUGGAAGACGAAGGAAUAUGCGAUGAAGGAGUAGCUGCUGGCCAAGAAGAAUUGCCCUGGUGUGAGCUCUGCAACGGAGAUGCUCAUUUGCGAUGCUUUGACUGCGACGGGGAUCUCUACUGCCGCCGUUGCUGGAAAGAAAUCCACAAAGACGCCGAUCUUAAACAUCACCGUACCGAGAACUACAAAGCUCCCAAAAAAUAAUCACACAUUCACUAAUUCCUAGUCUUUUUUUUCAAUAUUCCUUCCUUCUGGUAGUAUAUUUUGAUUGCCUUUUU